AGUUGGAUUUGUUUUUUUUAUUCAGAAACGGUUCUGUGGUAAACGAAUGAUAACCGGAAUCAAACCGAUAGAUUUAUGUUAUCUGCCGUUCUGUGUUUUGAUUUUUAUAUCAUCAAUAUCAUACUUUUUUUUUAUUUGUGAAAUAAUAAGUAUUCCAGACGAAAUACUUUGAUCGACGGUGAAAGUUUUUAAAUGUUAUGAAUGUUUAGUGUCAAAUAUAUAUUUUGAGAAUUUAUUUUCGCCGGUCUGUGAAACUAAUCCAACCAAAAUGUCAUCGGAAAUAUUGUUUGUAAUCGAAGGUACUGCUAUCAACGGGGCCUACCUUAAUGACAUGAGGAGUAACUACAUUAUUCCUACACUGGAGUAUUUUUCUCAGAGCCCUGUGUCCGAAGAACGGAGUGAUUGCUAUGCCACGGAUAAAAAUGGGAAUCAGUAUGGCAUUGUGGUUUACAAAACCGCUCAGAGCUUACCGGGAAUAUGUUGUACUACUUUCGGACCAUACAACAGUGCAAACAAAGUGCUAGGUGCUAUCGACAAACUGGAGCUAAGUGGAGGAAAAAGUGAAUCUAAUGCAAACCUCGCAGAAGGUCUUGCUACAGCGCUGGUAUGCUUUGAUGAUUUUGAGGAACUUCGAGAGAAUGGGAUGAAAGUACACAAAUAUUGCAUUUUGAUAGCGGCCAGCUCCCCAUAUUUAAUGUGCGUUACAGAAUGCUACGCCUAUGACAACAAAAACGUAGAACAGUUAGUGUCUCUGUUUCAGGAGAAAAAUAUUAAUUUGUCAAUCAUUUCACCACGGAAAAUUCCAAUCUUGUUCCAACUUUUCGAAAAAUCAGGAGGCGACUUAAGUUCAUCUAGUACAAAAAAUUACUGCAAAGAUCCGCGUCAUUUGGUACUACUCAAAGGAUUUAGUCUGAAAGAACGCCCCGUUAGUCCACCGGCAAGUAAUAUUCAUCACCAGCAGCAAGCAGGUAGUAUGCCAAGCCCCAAUCCCAACCAACAACAACAACAGCAGCAGCAGCAGGUUGCUGCUCAGAACGUCAUCGAUAACGUUAAUGUCAAUCACAUGAAUAAUAUGAGCAACAAUCCGGCAAUGCGAAGUGCUAUGACAAAUCAGCAGGCAGUCAUGCAGCAGCAGCUUCAACAACAACAACAGCAACAGCAGCAACAACAACAGCAACAAUGCCGUAUGAAUUUCCCCCAGGGUCAUAUGAAUAAUCAAAUGUUUGUCAACCAAAUGCCAAAUCAGCAAACUGUUGGAGGCAUGAAUUAUCAACAACAACUACAGCAGCAGCAGCAACAACAACAACAGCAGCAGCAACAACAACAACAGCAACAACAACAGCAGCAGCAGCAACAGAUGCGUUGGAUGGCUCCUCCACAAGCGCAAGCACGAAACUUUAUGCAACCAGGAGGAAUGAAUGGAAAUCCAACACAACAGCAACCUCAAAAUCAGAUGGUUGGAAAUAAUGCUCAAACUAACUCGGUGCUUAUCUCUCAACUAACAACUCCUCCGCACUCGAUGAAUGCCCAGCAACAAAUGAACCAAAUGAACAAUCCCCAGCUAAGAAUGCAAUUCGUCAAUAGCUGCCUCCAGCAGCAACAGCAGGGUCAACCCAACCAACAGCAAAGCAUGCUACAACAACAACAGCAACAAAUGCUAGCUCAGCAGCAGGCGAACAUGCAAAACCAAAACAUGCAAAAUCCAAUGGGUGUACCGGGUGGACAAAUGGGUGGUCCAGUUGGGCAAAUGGUUGGUGUCAAUCAACAGCAGCUUCAGCAGCAGCAACAACAACAAGGGGGAUUGGGCAAUCAGCAGCAGAUGGGAGGAGGCCCAGGAGUACCUCAACAGCAGCAACUCGGUCCGGGUCCUGGACAACAGAUGGUUCAACCGGGCUCGAAUCAACCUCCCCGCGAACGCAUCUGGAGUGGCACACUGGAGUGGUUGGAGAAACCGAAUAAGAAUGAUGCGGCGAAAAUUACUCGACAGCUGCCGUGUUCUGUUACGGCCAACAUUCGUGAUGGUGAACCGGAGAUCAAAGCAGACAACUGGCCUCCUCGGCUUAUUAUGCAACUGAUGCCAAAAGCAUUAGUUGGAAGCGCUGGUGGACAGUACAUAAAAGAAUCAAAGACAGUUGUCUUUAUUCCUUCACCUUGCGAAGCUCUUGAUGCGUUGUCCAAAGUGAUGGGUUCGGGAUUCGCUGGUUGUGUACACUUCACGACAUCACCUAGCUGCGAUAUUAAAGUUUUGAUAUUGUUGUACACUGCCGAAAAGAAAGCCUAUCUGGGAUUCAUUCCCAACAAUCAGGCGGCUUUUGUCGAUCGUCUGAAAAAGGUAAUCAUGCAAAACAAAUCCAUACAAGCAGCGAACCAACAGCAAGCCGGUCAAAGCUCGGGUAUGGGUAUGCAAGGGCCGCAAGGCGGUAUGACUGUUCAACAACAACAGCAGCAGCAGCAACAACAACAACAACAGCAGCAAGUUCAGCAACAACAACAAGCUAAUCAGCAAAUGAUGGGAGGACCUAUGGGACCGGGUCCGGGACAGAUGGUUCCCGGUCCUGGACAAAUGGUUCCCGGUGGUAUGCAGCAAGGUCCUCGCAUGGGAGGGAUGGUCAAUCAAAUGAAACCAAUUGGUCAGAUGCAGCAGGAUCAAUUCAAUAACUACGGUCAAAUGGGACAGCAGCAGAUGCAGGAUCCAAGUAUGCAAAUGUCGCAACAAGAGCAAUAUAAAAUGUUGCUACAACAGCAACAACAACAACAGCAGCAGCAGCAACAGCGAAACAUGGCAGGUCCCAUGGGAAAUAUGGCGAUGAACGUUGGACUUCAAAAUCAGCGGAUGAUGCGACCGGUUUUAUCCAACAAUCCGGGGCUGAGACAUUUGCUACAGCAGCAACCAAAUCCACAAUUUCGUCAGCAGAUGGCUAUGGGGAAUCCAAAUCCUAUGGGACAGAUGGGAGGACAACGUCCGAAUCUUAACCCAAAUCCGAAUCAGGCUCCAUUUGACGAUGCCAACUUUGACUUUAUGUAGAACGGUGUCCGGUGAUUCAUUCCGUAGUUCUAGGAUCAAUAAUCUUUGAUAUUACCAGCUCGAUCAACAUGCACAGCGGUUGGCACAAAUGAUCGUUCGACUUAUCUUCCUUAAACAAUCUUAUCGUUGUAGAAUCACCCUACAGUUAGGCAAAAAGUGUAUGUCCAAAUACAUGGUAUUUUAUAUGAUGAA